AGUGGGGCAUAGGUCCUGCCCCUGGGGAGCCCCCAGUCCCAGGACGGGCCCAUCCAGUGCAGGAGCUCAAGGCUGGGAAAAAAGGGGGCCUUAGGACUGUGGGUGGCAGGGAGGGGUGGCAGGGAGGCUUCCAUACAAAUUGGUGCUGCGGGUUGGCUCAGCACUUUAGGCAGCAGCUGCCCGUGCGAAGUCUUGGAGACAGCCUGGUGUUUCCGAAUUGUGUGAAGUUAAGGCACUCUGUGGAGUCCUGGAGGAAGAGGUAUGGACGUGGCUGGAGAGACCAGCUGCCAGGCCUGAGCAGGCAGGAUCCUUGAACUCCAGGACAUGGGGAAGCUGGAGCUUUGGGCCCAGGGCAGAAGGGAGCCAUGGAUGGUUGUAGGCGGAGAGAAGAUAUGGGCAGGUGGUUGCCGUUCAGGGAAGACACAGAGGAGGGGUUUCAGGGAGACCCUAAAGGAGGCUGUCAUGAAGGUCUGGUGGGGGUGAGGACCCUAAGGGGAGCUGUCAUGGGGGCUGGAGUUGGGUAAAUAGGGAGUGAGUGUUUCAUGGGGACACGGUUUCAGUUUGGGAAGAUGAGAAAGUUCCGGAGACGGAUGGUGGUAAUGGUUGCACAACAGUGUGAAUGUGUUUCAUGCUGCUGAACGGUGCACUUAGAAAUGGCUACGAUGGUAAAUUUUAUGUUAUGUAUAUUUUGCCACAAUGAAAACAAAAUAAAGCGUGAUCUAGGAAUCAUGUUUUCAAAGCAGCGCUUCUCAACCACAGUGACUCUUUUGGCGACUAGUGGCCAGAGAUGCUUCUAAACAUCCAACAAUGCACAGGACAGCAUCCCAGCGAGGAAUCAUCAGUCCCAAAGUCAACAGUGCAGUGUGGGAGAGACCCAGCUUUGAACACACCUCCUCCUGGAAGCCCCCCUGGAUUUGACACACCUACUGCCCUUCCUCCCCACCCCUGCACCCUUUCCUUCUCCCCUUCGUAACCCCAGGAGAGGUUAAACAGGUCAAACGAGGAGCGAGACGCGGCCUCCCCCAACAUGCAGAGGAUCCCAAAUCUGAAAGAAGAACCGACACCCACAGAUCUGGGGCCCACAUCCGCACAAUUUUCUGUUUUUCCCCCGAAGAAUUUGAUGCUUUGGUGAUCAAUGCUGCCUUAUGUGAAGCACAGAGAGGUUAGGUGACUUGCCAAAGGUCACACAGCACUUCAAAGGAAGAACCAGGAAUUUGAACACAGCCAGAGCUGUGAUUGUGCCCGCUGAGUGGACUGCGUUGUCAGGGAGUGAGUGCUCCAUCAUCGGGAGAAUCCAAGCAGGACCGCCAUGGAGGAAGGUCAAUAUUCCGAGAUCGAGGAGCUUCCCAGGAGGCGGUGUUGCAGACGAGGGACUCAGAUCGUGCUGCUGGGGCUGGUGACCGCCGCUCUGUGGGCUGGGCUGCUGACUCUGCUUCUCCUGUGGCACUGGGACACCACACAGAGUCUAAAACAGCUGGAAGAGAGGGCUGCCCGGAACGUCUCUCAAGUUUCCAAGAACUUGGAAAGCCACCACGGUGACCAGAUGGCGCAGAAAUCCCAGUCCACGCAGAUUUCACAGGAACUGGAGGAACUUCGAGCUGAACAGCAGAGAUUGAAAUCUCAGGACUUGGAGCUGUCCUGGAACCUGAAUGGGCUUCAAGCAGAUCUGAGCAGCUUCAAGUCCCAGGAAUUGAACGAGAGGAACGAAGCUUCAGAUUUGCUGGAAAGACUCCAGGAGGAGGUGACAAAGCUAAGGAUGGAGUUGCAGGUGUCCAGCGGCUUUGUGUGCAACACGUGCCCUGAAAAGUGGAUCAAUUUCCAACGGAAGUGCUACUACUUCGGCAAGGGCACCAAGCAGUGGGUCCACGCCCGGUAUGCCUGUGACGACAUGGAAGGGCAGCUGGUCAGCAUCCACAGCCCGGAGGAGCAGGACUUCCUGACCAAGCACGCCAGCCACACCGGCUCCUGGAUUGGCCUUCGGAACUUGGACCUGAAGGGGGAGUUUAUCUGGGUGGAUGGGAGCCACGUGGACUACAGCAACUGGGCUCCAGGGGAGCCCACCAGCCGGAGCCAGGGCAAAGACUGCGUGAUGAUGCGGGGCUCCGGCCGCUGGAACGACGCCUUCUGCGACCGUAAGCUGGGCGCCUGGGUGUGCGACCGGCUGGCCACAUGCACGCCACCAGCCAGCGAAGGUUCCGCGGAGUCCAUGGGACCUGAUUCAAGACCAGGCCCUGACGGCCGACUGCCCGCCCCCUCUGCCCCUCUCCACUCUUGAGCAGCCAGGCCCAGAGCAAGACCCUGAAGACCCCCAACCACGGCCUAAAAGCCUCUUUGUGGCUGAAAGGUCCCUGUGACAUUUUCUGCCACCCAAACGGAGGCAGCUGACACAUCUCCCACUCCUCCAUGGCCCCUGCCUUCCCAGGAGUACACCCCAACAGCACCCUCUCCAGAUGAGAGUACACCCCAACAGCACCCUCUCCAGAUGCAGCCCCAUGUCCUCAGCACCCCAGGACCUGAGUACCCCCAGCUCAGGUGGUGAGUCCUCCUGUCCAGCCUGCAUCAAUAAAAUGGGGCAGUGAUGGCCUCCCACAUUUGUCCCCUUCUUGGAGGCCUG